AUGACGGAAAUUGUUUAUCCGGAAGAGCGUCUCCGACAAAAGAUCCAAAUCAAAGAUGCAACGCUACGUAAUUCUCUUUCUGAAUUCCUCGGAACCGCAUUGCUACUGUUCAUCGGAAUCGGUAUUGUUAUGCAAUUUAUUCUUUCUGGUGAAAAGCUGAACACAUGGAUCCAAGUGAAUGUCGGAUGGGGAAUGGCAAUCGCAUUUUCGGUCUACGCAUGCAGUAAAACUUCAGGAGGACAUCUGAAUCCAGCUGUAUCACUUGCUUUUGUUACGUUGGGCAGACUUUCAGUGAAGGAUUUUAUCUGCUACAGUAUUGCGCAAACAUUUGGAGCAUUUGUUGGUACAGUAGGAGCAUUUGGAAUAUAUUAUGAUCAGUUCAUAAAAUAUGCUGGAAAUCAACGGACAAUCGCUGGUCCAAAAGCGACUGCACUCUGUUUCUGCUCAUUCCCAGCUCUACACGUUAGCAAUACCACCGCUUUUUUUGAUCAGGUUGCUGGCACUGCACUUCUUAUGUUUUUCGUUUGUGUGAUCAUAGACAAACGUAUUGCUGUUCCUGGACCAGCUCAUCCUCUUCUAUUUGGUCUCGUAGUUCUGAUGAUUGGCACAAGUAUGGGCAUGAAUGUUGGCUAUCCAAUCAAUCCAGCGCGUGAUCUAGGUCCGCGUAUUUUUAUGUUGUCCCUCGGUUAUGGCUCACAAGCGUUCACGUAUCAUAGUUUCUAUUUUUGGAUUCCCGUAGUAGCUCCUCUAGUUGGUGCUGUACUGGCAGCAUGGACUUAUCAUCUCUUCAUUGGAGCCCAUAUUCCUGAUCCGAAACCUAUUAUUGUUCAAGAUGAAGCGAAACAACCGUUAAGAUAUGCGUGA